GGGGCAUUUAGUAAAGGAAAAGCAGCUGAUUACAAACUGAUGGAGAUUAUCAAUCAGAAGCCCUCCAUAAUCCAAGAUCAUUUGGAUGGGAAAGUACUGCCCGAGGUUAAUGGCAACAUAGAAUUCAAGGAUGUGAUUUUCAGUUACCCAUCAAGACUGGAUGUUCGUCUUAGCAAUUUCUCGAUUUUCUUUCCAGCAGGAAAGACUGUUGCCGUUGUUGGGGGUAGCGGUUCCGGGAAGAGUACUGUUGUCUCUCUGAUUGAGAGGUUCUAUGAUCCUAACCAGGGACAAGUUUUGUUGGAUAAUGUCGACGUAAAGACGCUGCAACUGAAAUGGUUGCGCGAUCAGAUCGGAUUGGUCAAUCAAGAACCUGUUCUCUUUGCAAAGACGAUCCUUGAGAAUAUACUAUGAAGAAAACCCGA